UCAAUUACCAAUAUACACUUCGAAACUGACUUUCAUUCUAUUUGAUGGCAUUCACGAUAUAUAUCGAUACACACGUCGGGUGUAGAGAACAUUUAACAUACAGUGAUAUCAUACAGUGAAUAUAUAGAGAGUGAUCUUUUAUGAAAAGGCAGUGAUAAACAGUAUUUAUAUUCUUGGCUGACUUCUCAAUAUGAAUGUUGAACAAGCAUGCAGCUGUUAUCAAGAUUUGAAACGAAUGAAAGAGCUACAAUUCAAAGUACAUAAACAGUUAGCUGUUAAAUCGAUUGUUUUCUAAUAAAUUUACAGUUUUUAUUUCAGACUUCCCAGUCGUGCUUCAACUCUAAUUAUCAUUAUCCAUGUGCAAGUUGGUUACAAUUGCAACGCAACGCAUUGAUGAGGAAACAACUCUCAUAAUCAUAUAUCAAAAGUAAAAGCAUUGGAAAUGCAAAUUCUAUUUGAUGGCAUUCACGAAGCCAUUGGUUCUUACAUAUAUAAGGAAAAGACAGAUAACUCAGGUCUUAUCAAGUGGAUUUAUCAAGUACCUUCCUGCUGUAUACUACAGAUAUUUAAUUGCCUUGAAAUCUAAAUAUCGAUAAAUUAUAUGAAUUCAAAAAACCAAAUAAAAACAGACUGAGCCAGGAAGUAUAUAUUAUGUACAUGUCGCUAACUGAAGUUAUUUCACGCUUUGAUAUAAAUAAAGGAAAUUCAAAGAAAACUAUUUGUAUCGAUAGUGUGUAAAGUAUAAUGACAUCAAAUAGCAAGAAUCAAAUAAACAAGCUUUCAUCCAUUAUUUUCAAAACACUUGCUGAGAACAUUGUAUCAGUCAAGGUACUUAAGGUAUUCAAUGCAUAACGAAAGGAAAAUCAACAAAGGAUUUAAAUGAUUUAAAUCAACAAAAAAUAUUGUCUUUAAUAAUGAUGAAAAUGAAGUAGAUGAAAUUCCUAUGACUGGUGAAUGAUUAAAAGCUUACCGUUUAGCACAUGAUACUUUUUCAAGAGUUAUCUGUCCUUUGUAAAAAUAAGAAAUAUCUAAAUAUCUAAAAACGUGUGAGACAAAUGAUUAAUUUCAUUUCAUAUUUUCAUGAAAGAUAAAGCGUAUGUAACUUUCUACAAAUAUAUUUAAUAUAUUAUAUUAAAGAAAUCGCACCAUAUAUUUAUUAGUUAUGGAAUAUGGUAGUUAUACAUUGAAUAUCUUAAAUGAUACACCUUUGUAACUCACAACUUUGUUACAUGUCAAAAUAUACCAUAAAAAUAAGGUUUCGUCCAUAUCAUACUGACCUCUAGAAUGCUGACUUAUCCAUUUCACUGUACACAUUGUGUUCUUUAUUUUCUAUUCCACAUCUUCUGAUAUAUAAGAUUUUAUUGACGGAUAUUAUCAGUAUGAAAUGGUGAAGAUAACAGACGGUGAUUAAUUUCAUCAAUUCCAUAAAGAACAUAACAUCGAGAGUAGGGACAAAACGGAUCCCUGGAAACAUCAGAGGUAGAAUCCCACAUAGGCAAGCGGAGCAAUCCGUAGUCAAAAUCAGUAUGACCAGAACGGCCUACAAAUAACUAUGAAACAAAUCAAACAACUUACGAAAUAAACACAAUUCUCAAAAGGAUUCUACGAUAGCUAUUAAUUUUGGGUAAUGGUUUGAGAAGAGAUCGUAUUUCUUUCAUAUCCCAAAAAAUUGAUACAUGGCACAAGAAUUUUGUUGUUCAGAUUGGACAUUAGGCGAACAAAAAUCAGACAAAUCAUAAGCUUAAGUCUGAGCUUUUCCUCAAAUAGUUAGGUUUUCCUCAUAUCUGAAAUAUAUCUCGUAAAAAGAAUCGAAGUCAACCUUUUCCCCAACGUUGACCAUCAACUUAAAUUUCCUCCGCACUAGAUUAAGUAAGAAAAUAUUGACCAAAUAUGGCUAUCAAUAACUGAAGCCAAUGCCCUUAUUUUCAUUUUUAUAUGGGUGAAUACUAAAGGCCUAAAUUUUGCAGCCCUUCACCGGAAAUGUGGCGUCUCCAUAUAAGUGGAAAAAAAUUCGAUUAGAACGUUAGACAACAUACAACUACCUAACCUACUAAUUUUCACUAUGGGUUACUAAUUUUACCUAAUCAAGGUACAUAGCUCAUAGCCGGUUUCAAAACUGUAAAACUGCAGUGCAGAUUGUAGCGGAAAUAUUAAAUCGGUCCAAGUGGAGACCCUUGAUAAUUCAGGAAGUAUGUAUUACGCAUAUUGCUAAAAUGACAAUUAGUUAUCAUAUUAACCCUGCAUACAUUGGCAUGAGAAUAUUAAGGACUGGAGAACAUCAACAUAUUUCAAUUGAUAUCGUCACUACUAUCUGGUAUCAAUGGAUUUCAAUUUGUUUUUAUGUCUCAUUGUGUGGUUUUUGUCUCCUUAUAUCGCAUCUUCUAGCUCACAAUUAUGUGGAGGCCUUGGCGGGAAAGUAUGCUGUAAUGGGUAUAUAUGGAACGAAGCACAAAAUAGCUGUACACGUUGCAGGGAUGGGUUUUACGGCAGGAACUGUACCAUUCCUUGUCCAUACCCAACAUUCGGUUGGGAUUGUCAAUUAGAAUGCAUCUGCAGCAGUGAAUACUGUCACCACGCCUAUGGGUGCAGGAAAACUCCAUCAGAAGAUUAUUUAUCAUUGCACAGCAUUGAAAUAUCAACCAUUCCUACAUCUGCUUCAAGAAUGAUUUAUACCGAGGCUACAACAGAGACUGUACCGAACUCUACCAACAUCCCCCAAAUGAACAUUUUGCGUGCUAAAGAGAAGGAAGCCGUAAAUGAAAGCUAUCUUACACCUUUAAUUGCUGGUAUUAUCAGUGUUUUGAUCAUUGCAGCAAUACUGCUGAUCCUGUACGUAAUGACGUAUUUACAUAAAGUCACGUGUAUAGUGGACGCAGAUACAUCAAGUGAAAGAACACUUUGAAAUGAUAGAACUCACGUCCCUCACAAUCACUCAAAAUAUUACUGCAUGGGGUAAUUUAUCUGAACAUGUAUCUAAAAGAGUAACAAUGCAACAAAAAAGUCAAGUUUUGUGUUAUUUGGAAUUCUUAUCUAUACCGAUACAAAACGAAGAAACGCAUAGUACUAAUUUUACGCUGAAUCUCAUUAAAUACUUUUUCAAACAU